AUGAGGUUUCAAUAUGUUAUUCUUAUGCUUAUUGGUAUGUCAGCUUUUAUGGUUGUGAGAAAUCAAGUUACUCUAGGUGGGUGGAUUCCCAUAAAAAAUAUCAAUGAUCCACAUGUUACCAGCAUUGCCACUUACGCUGUUACCGAGUAUGAUAAGCAAAGUGGGUUAAAGCUAAAGUUGGAGAAGGUCAUUAGUGGUGAGACAAAUGUUGUGGAUGGGACAAUCUUUUGCCUCAACAUUUCUACUACUACAAAUUCUGCUUCUAACAAGUAUAAUGUUGUUGUGUUGGAGAAGUUAUCGCAAAGAAAACUUACUUCCUUUGUUCCUCUUCAUGCUUAA